AUGGUGCAGAAGGAGAGCCAGGCGGCGCUGGAGGAGCGGGAGAACGAGCUCAACGCCAACCCUGCCAGCUCGGCGGGGGCAGCGCUGGAGCCCCCGGCCACGCCGGCCCCCGGGGAAGACACCCCGGCCGGGGCCGGGGGCGCUGCGGCGCCCGGGGCGGCCGGAGGGGCUCGGAAGUUCCUGUGCGGCGUGGUGGAAGGAUUUUAUGGAAGACCUUGGGUUAUGGAACAGAGAAAAGAACUCUUUAGAAGGCUCCAGAAAUGGGAAUUAAAUACAUACUUGUAUGCCCCAAAAGAUGACUACAAACAUAGGAUGUUUUGGCGAGAGAUGUAUUCAGUGGAGGAAGCUGAACAACUUAUGACUCUCAUCUCUGCUGCACGGGAAUAUGAGAUAGAGUUCAUCUAUGCUAUCUCACCUGGAUUGGAUAUUACCUUUUCUAAUCCCAAGGAAGUUUCUACAUUGAAACGCAAACUUGACCAGGUUUCUCAGUUUGGGUGCAGGUCAUUUGCCUUGCUUUUUGAUGAUAUUGACCAUAAUAUGUGUGCAGCAGAUAAAGAGGUAUUCAGUUCUUUCGCUCAUGCUCAGGUCUCCAUCACAAAUGAAAUUUAUCAGUACCUAGGAGAGCCGGAAACUUUCCUCUUCUGUCCCACAGAAUAUUGUGGCACUUUCUGUUAUCCAAAUGUGUCUCAGUCUCCUUAUUUAAGGACUGUGGGUGAAAAGCUUCUACCUGGAAUUGAGGUGCUUUGGACAGGUCCCAAAGUUGUUUCUAAAGAAAUUCCAGUAGAGUCCAUUGAAGAGGUUUCUAAGAUUAUUAAGAGAGCUCCGGUAAUCUGGGAUAACAUUCAUGCUAAUGAUUAUGAUCAGAAGAGACUAUUUCUGGGCCCAUACAAAGGAAGAUCCACAGAACUCAUCCCACGGUUAAAAGGAGUCCUGACUAAUCCAAAUUGCGAAUUUGAAGCCAACUAUGUUGCUAUCCAUACCCUUGCCACCUGGUACAAAUCAAACAUGAAUGGAGUGAGAAAAGAUGUAGUGAUGACUGACAGUGAAGACAGUACUGUAUCAAUCCAAAUAAAGUUAGAAAAUGAAGGCAGUGAUGAAGAUAUUGAAACUGAUGUACUUUAUAGUCCACAGAUGGCUCUAAAGUUAGCUUUAACAGAAUGGUUGCAGGAUUUUGGAGUACCUCAUCAGUACAGCAGUAGGCAAGUUGCACAUAGUGGAGCUAAAUCAAGUGUAGUUGAUGGGACUCCCCUAGUUACAUCACCUUCUUUAAAUUCCACAACUGUAGUUACAACGGUUUACCAGGAGCCCAUUAUGAGUCAGGGAGCAGCCUUGAGUAGUGAACCGACAGUUCUGACCAAGGAAGAAGAAAAGAAACAGUCAGAUGAGGAACCCAUGGACAUGGUAGUGGAAAAACAAGAAGAAACAGACCAUAAGAAUGACAAUCAAAUAUUAACUGAAAUUGUAGAAGCUAAAAUGGCAGAGGAAUUGAAACCAAUGGACACUGAUAAAGAGAGCAUAGCUGAAUCAAAAUCCCCAGAGAUGUCUAUGCAGGAAGACUGCAUCAGUGAUAUUGCCCCUAUGCAGACUGAUGAACAGAUAAACAAGGAGCAGUUUGUGCCAGCUCCAAAUGAAAAGCCUUUGUACACUGUAGAACCAGUGACUCUGGAGGAUUUGCAGUUACUUGCUGAUUUGUUCUACUUACCUUAUGAGCAUGGACCCAAAGGAGCGCAGAUGUUACGCGAGUUCCAGUGGCUUCGAGCAAACAGCAGUGUUGUCAGUGUCAAUUGUAAAGGAAAGGACUCGGAAAAAAUUGAAGAAUGGCGGUCACGAGCAGCCAAGUUUGAAGAAAUGUGUGGACUAGUGAUGGGAAUGUUCACUCGGCUUUCCAAUUGUGCCAACAGGACAAUCCUUUAUGACAUGUACUCCUACGUUUGGGACAUCAAGAGUAUAAUGUCUAUGGUGAAGUCUUUUGUACAGUGGUUAGGGUGUCGUAGUCAUUCUUCAGCACAGUUCUUAAUUGGAGACCAAGAACCCUGGGCCUUUAGAGGCGGUCUAGCAGGAGAGUUCCAGCGUUUGCUGCCAAUUGAUGGGGCAAAUGAUCUCUUUUUUCAACCACCCCCUCUGACUCCUACCUCCAAAGUUUAUACUAUCAGACCAUAUUUUCCUAAAGAUGAGGCUUCCGUGUACAAGAUUUGCAGAGAAAUGUAUGACGAUGGAGUGGGUUUACCUUUUCAAAGUCAGCCUGACCUUAUUGGAGACAAGUUAGUGGGAGGGCUGCUUUCCCUCAGCCUGGAUUAUUGCUUUGUCCUAGAAGAUGAAGAUGGCAUAUGUGGUUAUGCCCUGGGCACUGUAGACGUGACCCCCUUCAUUAAAAAAUGUAAAAUUUCCUGGAUUCCCUUCAUGCAAGAGAAGUAUACCAAGCCAAAUGGUGACAAAGAACUCUCUGAGGCGGAGAAAAUAAUGUUGAGUUUCCAUGAAGAGCAGGAAGUGUUGCCAGAAACUUUCCUUGCCAACUUCCCUUCUCUGAUAAAGGUGGAUAUUCAUAAAAAAGUAACUGACCCAAGUGUAGCCAAAAGCAUGAUGGCUUGCCUCCUAUCUUCACUGAAGGCUAAUGGCUCCCGAGGGGCUUUCUGUGAAGUGAGACCGGAUGAUAAAAGAAUUCUGGAAUUUUACAGCAAGUUAGGCUGUUUUGAAAUUGCAAAAAUGGAAGGAUUUCCAAAGGAUGUGGUUAUACUUGGUCGAAGCCUGUGA